AUGAGACUAUCCAGUGAAAACGGGGAAAAGACUGUUAAAAAGAAUGGUGAUAAUAAUAAUUUACCAUCGACAUCGCCGAUCACGAUUCCAGACGUAGAGAAAAAUUCUCCCAGAAUAUUACGACCACGCUUUCAAAACUACAUAGGAAAAGAUAAACUAAUUGAGAAGUUUUUAGUAUUUUUAUCACUUAUUCUGGUUGUUAUUGCAUUUCCUUUAUCAUUGAUUUGCAUUUUUGUGGUCAGUCGGCAGUUUGAAAGAGCUGUAAUUCUGAGAAAUGGGAAAGUACAUAAGAACCGUCCGUUUGGGCCCGGUCUUUUAUUUUAUCUUCCUUGUGUAGAUUCAGUGAAGUUUAUAGACCUAAGAACAUUAUGCUAUGAAGUACCACCUCAGGAGGCACUAACGAAGGAUUCUCUGACCGUUUCGGUAGAUGCAGUUGUCUUCUACAAAGUUAUUGAACCAGUUUGGGCAGUUAUUAAUGUCGCAAAUUACAAAAUUGCUACUCAAUUUUUGGCCUCAACUACACUUCGCAACGCUUUAGGAACUACUAACCUCAGUGAACUAUUAGUUAAUAGGCCAGCAAUUAGUCGCCAAGUGUUUGAACUUAUGAAGAAUACGACUAAAGAAUGGGGAGUUAAAGUAGUAAAAAUAGAGAUAAAAGAUAUUAGAUUACCAUUGCAAUUGCAAAAGGCAAUGGCCGCUGAAGCAGAAUCGACUAGAUUAGCAAACGCAAAAAUAAUCGUAGCGAAAGCUGAAAUUGAGGCAACGAAAAGCCUUCAAUUAGCCACAACCUUAUUAAUGGAUAAUCCUAUGUGUAUACAGCUCCGCUAUUUACAAUCUUUACAAAUGAUUGCUGGCGACACUACGCAUACAAUAGUUUUUCCUUUUUCCGUUGAAACGUUGCAGAAAAUAUUCAAAUAACUAGAUUUUAGAUAGUCUACUAUCUAUCU